AUGGAUUCCUUUCAUUCGUACAUCCCGUUGACAUCCACACCGAAGCGAUCAACAAAAUCUUCUUGUUCGCAACCAUUAUCAUCAACAUUAUCGACAUCCAGUCAAUCUCAUCGAAAAAUGGAUUUGUCGAUUUCGCUGAUAACAUUAAUUAAAAAAUCAUCCUCACAUCAAAAGAAACGACGUCGAUCGCAUCGUCGACGACAAACACACAUUCAUUCAUCAACGAUCAUUAAACGCAUCGAAUUGAAAUAUUUGUUAUAUUCAACACGAACAACGAAGUAUCAAAACGAGAAACAACGUCAGUACAAUGAUAAUGAGAUGAAGAUCUACGUUGUGUAA